AUGGGAUUGGAAGGCUAUAUAAGAGAAUGUGGGCGAUACCGUGUCUCAGUGCAGCAUGAGAGUGUAGAGGAAGAAGUCUGCUUGCUUAAACUGUCCUCCCCUGAAAUUGAGAUGCUGAUUAUCCAUCCAAAUGACUUGAACUCUACAAAUCCGGCUAGUAAGCUGCUUGCACAUCCUAAAGUGGCAAGCAAGGAGCAGGAAUUUGCGGAUGGGUUUGUUGAGGUACUGGAGGACUUGCACAAUUAUAACCACCUCAGCGUUGGCGUGAACUUGCAUUCUGUGUCUUCUGGAUCUACGUUUCCAUCAGCUGAAAAUUCAGAUACUCCAUAUUAUGUGAAUCCUAACAGUUACUCUGGUGAAAUGAUCGACUGCUCAAUAAGUAACAGACCUGAAGCUGCGUCCUUUCUUUUCCUACCUUCCAGCUGUGAGCAAAUGCAGCCCAACUUUUCAAUUCACCGGCUGAAUACACUGAAAGAGGAACUUCAGCUAGUACCAGAGAUGGUCAGUCCUUCACUCUCCCCUAUAGAUAUGGACACCCAGGAAAUAAUUAAAGCCGAGAGGAAGAAAAUAAGAAACCGGAUAGCAGCUUCCAAAUGCAGAAAACGAAAAUUGGAGCAGAUUUCAAACCUAGAGGAUAAAGUGAAGACUCUUAAGUGCCAAAACACAGACCUAGCUUCUACGGCUGGUUUACUAAGGGAACAAGUGGCACAGCUAAAACAGAAGUUAGUGAGUCAUGUCAACAGCGGUUGCCAAUUUCUUUCAAACCAUGAGACUCAGUACUAA